AUGGCCACCGUUGUCGGCGGCUGCCUACUACCAGGCUUGCCGGAUGACGUGGCACUGUCAUGCUUGGCUCGCGUGCCACGUGGCCUCUAUGGAUCUCUCAAGCUGGUCUGUAGGAGUUGGCACGCCGCAAUCGAAGGGUCCGAGCUGUACACGCAGAGGAGUAACCUGGGCGCCACGGAGAGCUGGCUGCACCUCAUCCCUCUGCGCAGCCCUCACUGGUUCGCCUACUCGCCAGUGCUAUCACGCUGGUUCGCCCUGCCAUGGCGCGGGCCACGCUUCGUGCGGUGUGUGGAGGUGGUGGGUCGCUACCUCCUCGCGUUCGGCACCGACGAUGACUCGGGGGGCUCCUACCCCUUCUGCCACGUCAACAAGGUGGCAGUGUUUGACUCGUCCACUGGUCGUUGGAGCGAGGGCCCUCCGUUCCCACGUCAGCUGAAGCUGAGCGACACGAUUGGUGCGCACGGGAAGGUGGUGCUGUUCUCGUCGGUGAUUAGUCGCCGUCCUCGCUAA